AUGAGAAGUUUAUUAGGAUAUCUAGGAACUAUUUUUUUUAUUAAGGAAUUAAGCAAGUUAGCAUAUCAGAAGGACAAGUUCUUUUUCGAACUUCUCCUAUUUGCACAUCACUUAUGGCAAUUUAUUAUUUAAAAACUGAAAAGCUUGAGAGAAAUUUAUUUGUUAAUUUGA